CGGGCAGCAAGCAGCUAGCCGCGCCCUGCACCGGCACACCGCCCGAGAGAUAUCAGUGCCACGGCAAAGUUCUUAAGUCAUUUCUUCGUAUGGACAACGUCUAUGCUUCCAUAUAUCUCCUUACACGCUGACGCAGUGACCUUGAAGCUGCAACAAAUCGUCUCCGACGUGUUCCCACCUCACGUGCUGUUGAAGCCGAGGACGGACCUGUUCGGGACGACCAAGCGCGAGGACCACUGUGGAAAUGGCGAAGAAGGGCAAGCGACAGCCACGGACGACGGCGUGGACAACGCUCCCAGUGCGACGUCCAAUGUUGCAGCUCAGCCUCUGUCGUUGAAGGAGCGAGUCGCCCAGAGGAUCGCCGAGGCCGACAGAGACGAGCUGCGCAGGAGACGGGACCGAAAGCCAGGGGCGGAGCAAGGAGAAGAGACAUCGUGUCACAACGUCAGCAGCAGCUCAGAGGCCCCGUCGCUGCCCGACGUGCCCCUGGAGCAGGUGGUGCCGAGCGACCAGCGUCCCUCCUCGCGGACGCCUCCACGCGGCCGCCGCCGCAUCGCCAGCCCGACGGAGCGGGCCAAACGCUGCUGCCUCUGCCGCCUGGGCUUCGCCAGCCUGCAGCAGCUCAAGCAGCACUCGUUCUUCAGCCACCCGAGCCACGUCUGCAAACACUGCUCCCGUUUCUUCGUCAAGCCGGACUUCGCCCGCUGCCACGAGAGGACGUGCAUGCGGCGCUACCCGACCUGCCCGCGGUGCGGCGAGAGAGCGCUGUCGCUGCAAGAGCAUCGCUGUCGCGGGACGCUGGGAGGGCGGGGGCUCCCCACCGUAGUUCGCGUCGGUUCGCACUACAGACUAGUGUCGUCAAAUCAGCGCCCAUAGAUUUCAACCCCGAAGCUGGUGGUCAUCCGAAUGAUUUGAUAAUGACGCAAAUGAGCUAAUUUCUUGCCAUUUCGUUAAGUUGGAAAGACAAUUGUCCAGCCUUUUUUUUUUCUUUAGUUAUAGUUUAGGUUAGUGUUUGUCCGACGAACGUUGCCAUUUUGAGAGCUUCCAACAGUGAUGCAGUUUUAUUUCCAUCUGUCUUAUGCCUCUCCUUAACUGCUCAUUUGUUAAACGGUUUGGAUUGCCUUGUCAAAAUAAAACAUGGCAUCAUUUACAGACGUACUUCAAAAUUGCAUCACUCAUUGGAUCUUAUCACGAUGGCUUCAAAGAACUAAGACCUCUCCCCUAAAUUGAGAUAUUAAGCCGCCUCCUACCUCGUACCUGUCUGCGCGAGGUAGUGACGGGUUAUGAUUACAUUCUGGAGAUGGGUCUACGUUUUUAGUAGCCAUCGAAUAGCGCUCUAGAAUAUUUAGGAUUUAGCUUCUCGGUGAUGAUGUUAAUCACAAGCAAAGACGAGUUUCUUAGUUUAUUAUUUCCUGAUCUCCAAAGUUUUAAGUCGUUAGAGUACUAUUAUUUGGGACGAUUAGUAGUGAUUCAGUUUUUCAUCUUUUUAUAAGUUAAAGAGUCGUCAUGUUACUAUUUUUUAUGACGAUUCAUGAGUCCGUUUUAUCCGUAUUAGUUUAUGUUUUCGUAUUAGUUUAUGUUCCGUAUUAGUUUUAUGUUUGAUGCUACAGUAUUUGUUUGUUCCACAUAUUGGUUCACGUCAUGUUACUUUAAAAUUGAGUUCGAUUGAUACGUGUG